GAUUGUUGGCGAACCCUCCGCUUCCGCAAGCGAGUGUGCCACCGCCGCCUGGGAUUUCGGGAAAGCCUGGAAGACACCUGACGAGCCUGGCUGCGCAUGGUGUGGCGCCAGCACCCGUACACACGGCACGUCGUCCACAUCACGCACAUGCAGAACAUCGGUCUCCGCCGCCAAUGCGUACAGGCAUCACCAGCGAUGCGUCUCUUGCCGGGCGCCCAUUGAAUCGCGGAGUCGAGGCACGUAGCCCGGCGCUGCACUCAAGGCACGGGGUUCUUCGCGCCUAUGGUGUGUCUCCAGCGUAUCGGGAGCUCCAUAGGGACCAGCGCCAGAUGGACCGGAAUGGUGCCCAGCACAGGAAGAGCAGCCCGUGGCGCUCUCGGGGGAUCGGCAAGGCUGGAAAGUUUUUAGUGCACAUGCCAGGCAGAUAG